UCUCCUUUCAUUGGUUCUUCCAGAGACGCACACUAUAAAAUCCCUCCCAUGGACCCGGCUAAACUGGAGUACUUCAGGACAGUGAAGGAAAUCACAGGGUUCCUGCUGAUCCAGUCCUGGCCGGAGAAUCUGACCUCCCUGUCGGUGUUUGAGAACCUGGAGAUCAUCAGAGGACGAACGACACACAAUCAGCACAGUUUGGUGGUGGUGAGGGCGGAGCACCUGCGCUGGCUGGGUCUGCGCUCUCUGAGGGAGGUGAGCGCCGGCCGGGUCACAGUGAAGGGCAACUCUCAGCUGUGCUACACGCGGCCUGACCAGUGGACCCGCCUCUUCAGAUCCAGCGACCAGACCGCCUCCAUGCGCGACAACGCCGCCCCCGAAGUCUGCGAGCACCAGAAUCGAACCUGUGACCUGGAGUGUACGGACGACGGCUGCUGGGGUCCAGGUCCCACCAUGUGUGUCUCCUGUCGCCAUUUCAGCCGCAGGGGGCGCUGCGUGGCGCUCUGUAACCUGCUGCAGGGCGAGCCCAGAGAGGUGGAGGUGAACAGCAGCUGCGUCGAGUGUCACCCGGAGUGUCGGCUGCAGAGCGGGACCCCGACCUGCCGAGGCCCGGGUCCGGACCAGUGCUCCCAGUGCGCCCACUUCAAAGACGGCCCCCACUGCGUGCCGCGCUGCCCCCACGGCGUGCUGGGAGACGGAGACACGCUGAUCUGGAAAUACCCCGACAGCACAGGCCAGUGCCAGCCCUGCCACCAGAACUGCACCCAGGGGUGUUCAGGUCCUGGACUUUCUGGAUGCAACGGCGUUGCCACGCACUCCACGCUGGCGGUGGGCGUGGUCGGAGGGCUCCUGGUCGCCGUCAUCGUGUCAUUAGUCGUGUUUGUGUUGCUGCGGCGACGGAGAAUCAGGAGGAAGAGGACGCUGCGCCGCCUGCUGCAGGAGAGAGAGGUGGGAGACGCUCCUGUUCAUUUCAUUAACGAUAAAACUUCACUCAGCGACUCCAUUUCCCAUGAUGACGACGAGAAACUGGGAAAAAAUAAUAAUAAAGAAAUAAUAAUAAAUAACGAGGGCUUUUGAAUUCAGGACUUUGAAACGUGUGCAAAGUGGCCUGAUUUCUUUCAAAAACA